ACUGUUUCGCAGAAAGGAAGGUACUUUCGGCGAGGUGACUCAGUUUUGGCUCUGGCAACUCAAUUGAACACCAAGAAUGGAGGUGGCUCCAACAAGAUUGGAUUACUAUGAAGAUAUGUGGAAACUACAAUCCAAAUCCAUACUCGUCUCCUGCUUCAAGGGUGAUGAUGGUAGGCGUGCUCUAAUAUUGGAGUCAACGAUAUUCCACCCACAAGGCGGUGGUCAACCGUCCGACACAGGGUUCAUUACAAUAUCCGAUUUGAACCUCAAGUUCGUCGUGCAAGAUGUUCGACCCAAAGAUGGAAUUGUGUUUCAUUAUGGAGUUGUUGAGGGUGCGGAUGAGGAAUGUGAAUUUGAGAUGGAGAAAGGAAAAGAAGUUCUUUUGUUUGUUGAUGAGUCAGGGCGCCACCUUAAUUCCAGAUUACACUCGGCUGGACAUUUACUGGAUGUAUGUAUGCAAAAAGUUGGGCUAGGGCAUCUGGAGCCUGGCAAAGGAUACCAUUUUCCAGAUGGGCCAUUUGUAGAAUACAAAGGCACGAUUCCACAGAAUGAAUUGCAAAGUAAGCAGAAAGAAUUAGAGCUGGAAGCUAAUGCAUUAAUAUCCAGGGGAGGGAAAGUUUCCGCUGAAAUUUUACCCUAUGGAGAUGCUACUGAACUGUGUGGUGGUUCACUUCCCCACUACAUACCCAAGGUAUAUAAGAAAUAACAUGUAGUAGAACAGGAAGUUUGGAGAGUUAUCUGCAUAAUGAGUCCUGUGUCUAGUAUAUCAAAUCUAUAGUUGGAGGUCAGUGAAUAUUCUGGGACUAAAUGAACACACUGACUUUUAUUUAUGAAAAUUAUAAAAACUUAAUCACAUGACGAAUUUUUAAUCUUAUGUAUUCUUUGAAUGAAGUCUGACAUAAUGGUUCCUCUCAUGUUGGAUGCUACAUAUGGUGUUGUAGGCAUGAUAUUAACUUAUGCUGUUGCAUAAUAUAUUCAUGGGUGCAAAAUAUAUAGAUCGGCUGUAUUUUCUUUUUUGGGGUGAUAGGAUGGACAGGUAGGCUGCUGCUUCAUUGUAAUGGGGUCUAUUUCGUAUAUAUCAGCUAAUGGAGUUUAUUAAU